AUGGGAAUGUCCAGAGACGAGCUGCUGAGAAAGCUGGAAAAUCUGAAUGACAGAAUCAAUGAAUACUUUGAAUUAGACCUUGAAAGAGCAAAACAGCGGUACCGAUUGGUGCGUUAUGGAUCUAAAAUAACCGUGGUCGACAAAAUCGCGGAAAAAUCCGAGGCAGUCCACAAGUGGAGGACGAGAAUUAGAACAAAUUAUUCAUCCGCAGAAUCCCGGUUUCGCAAGAUCUGGGAGGCAUUGCAAAACAAUGCAGAACUGGACUUGUGUGUUUUAUCAGAUGCGUUGGGUAAUGUGCGAGUCUUCCAGAUCCAGAAGCUUGGAGCCGUGCUGGAAAAUGUCAGCUUGUCCAUUAAUGAAAUAAAGGCAUUAAAUCAAGACUUCGAUACUUUCAAGACCAUAUUGCAAUCCAUGAACGUGUCGGAAGAAAGUUUUCGCAGCUAUUUAAAAUGGCAGAGCGCUCUGUGCGACGGUUCUACGGACAUUUUCGAGCAAUUGCCCAAAAUCGUGUGGAACAACUGUAAGUAUCAGUGGGCCGGGAAUGCGUAUCGCAUCAGCGUGCCCCCACGAAACCUGAACCUUUACGUGGCGUACUGUAAGUUCCAUGCAAGGCUGGGGAUCUGCACGAACCCGACUUGCAAGUUUCUGCACGAUCCACAACAGGUUUCUAUCUGCAGGGAAUUCUUCAAUUCGGGCCAUUGCAAAUAUGGCGAGAAUUGCCGUUUGACGCAUACCCCAGGAAACCAGUACAUUCUCCCGCACUGUCCGAAAUUUGCUGCCCAUCAAUGCGAGUUCGAAAAGGGCGCAGAAUGCCUCUUUGGCGAGCAGCAGGCCGGGGAUCCACCCAAAACUACACAUUGUCGAUAUAUUCACUCUAAAAACGCGAAUCCACGAUACCCAACGUGCAGACAAUUUGCACACAUGGGAUGCUGCUACCGGGGCCUGGCAUGUCCUUUUCCGCAUUCUCUGGAGUGUCCAGAUGCCACUUACACCUCGGAAUGCUUUCUGGUGCAUUGCAAGUACGCGCAUCGGGACUUGGAUUCGGAUAAAAAUGGGCUUAAAAACCCGGCUCGUUUGCCCCUGACCGAGAUUUCGACCGAUGCGUUCCUAUUGCCACCGCUGUGCAAGAGGGACCCGCGAACUACGCCCGGGCUUUCGUGGUACGGUCUGCGCUCCAGCCAAUCUAGCAAUAAUAUCAAAAAUGGUAACAAUACAAAAGCUAUUUCCGACGACACAACACAAUUUAAACUAUCUAUAGGGUCCUCCUCCUCCGAUGCCGACGAAGAGGAGUCCACAACCUCCGAUACAAGCUCAGAAACGUCGCAAUAUUCCGGUGACGAGCUAGAUGCAGAUUUUAUCAAAUUGUGA